AUGCCACCGAUUCAGAAGCCUCUCCUCCCCAGUGGCCGUGCCGUCCUCAAGCAUGGCCGUUCUAUGCUAUGUAGUGGUAACCUCAGCUAUGACGUUAACUCUACCAUCAAGGCUCCUGAGUGCAAAAGGGGUAUGGGCUUUACUCAGUUCAAGAGGUUGGCUACUAGGCUUGGGAAAACUAGGUUGCGUGAGCUCCCUACUACUAUGAUGCGAGGUUUUGUUCGUCGUCGGUUGAAAGGUCGGGGUCCUUAUGGUGACGACCAUAUAGAGCAGUUGAAGAGGGCUAUGAUGAACCCUAAGACAGAUCCUGAGAGGUAUUGGAAAGAAGAGGAACUCAAGGCUAAGGCAGAAGGGAGACCUGUUCCCGAGAGGCCGCCAUCAUCUAGCUUGAAGCCUCUACCGUCAAAUCAGUGGAAUUUCGACGACGCCGGUAUUAUCAAGGAAGAUGAUACCAACGUUAAGUAA